CGCCGUCAGUCAGUAGACAGUCGGUAACCGUCGGUAACGGUCGGUCGGAUGAUGAAGAUGAUGCUGCUUCUUCAGCUCGGCGGUCAUGUGACUUCUCAUGGAGUAUGGCUGGUCAGCAUUGAGCUAGGUUGCAGUGGUCAGGAGGUCUGAGGUGAGACAAGGGAUCAUGGGAGAUGGAGGACCCCUGCAGACCGAGGGAAAUGCCCUCCUCAAAGCCGUCUUCCAGGGGAAGUUGAGGUUGACCCGCCUGCUGCUGGAGGGUGGUGCCUACAUCAAUGAGGGCAAUGAGCGCGGAGAGACCCCCGUCUCAGCGGCCUGCUUGGCGAGCUACGAUGACCCGCAGACCCGGCAGAGGAUGGUCCGGUACCUGCUGGAGAAAGGUGCUGACCCGAACAUCCCUGAUAAGAGCGGGAGGACAGCACUGAUGCACGCCUGUGCUGAGCAGGCAGGGAAGGAGGUGGUGUCACUGCUGCUGGAGAACGGAGCUGAUCCCAGCCUCAAAGACUACUCUGGCUCCUCCGCCCUCGUCCACGCUAUCAACAAGGGGGACCGCGACACCCUGCAGGUCCUGCUGGAUGCCUGCAAAGCCAAAGGCAAGGAGGUGAUCAUCAUCACCACUGAUACGUCUCCAUCAGGCACCAAGAAGACCAAACAGUACCUCAACUCCCCCCCCUCCCCAGGCAUUGUGGACAAGCUGUCUCCAGCCUGCAUGUCUCCCUCUGAGGUAGAGAUAGGCACCGCUUCACCAGCUGGAGACAAGAGCAAAGACGAUGAGGGCAUAUUCAGCUUCGCUCUUACCUCAGCUUUACCUUUGCCUUCAGCUCGACUUCCAGGUGAGAAGAGACCACCACCUCGCAAGCUGCUGAAGAGGCUGAACUCUGAGCCCUGGGGCCUGGUGGCACCCUCGGUGCUGAGUGGGGUUCCCCAGGACCGGGUGGACGGAGGUCUGGAGGAGGAGGGCAGCUGCGAACUCAGCAGGAUGAUCACUGAGAUUAAUGGGCUGGCCAUCACGGAACCAGUGAGACCUCUACUGUCACGGCGACACAGCAUCGAGACCCACGACCCCUGCUCCCCCAAACUCAUCGACCGCUCCUGCUCUGAGGACUGUGCAGCCCUCGCUGGCUCUUGGGCUGAUAAAGUCCAACAGCACCAGACUCUGUACCGCAGGAACACAGCCCCAGAAUCCCAGGAGAAUGCUGGAGGACCUGGGACAGUUACAGCCCGGACCUUGACUCACCCCAAACUGACCCGGAUGGAACACUACGAGUCAGACACUCACCUCUGCCCUGAGUCCAUCCCCGGCUCUCCAGACUCUGGUCGAGUGUCUGUGGAGCGGCGGAGGUACAACGCCUCCCCCCUGUCCCUGGUUACGAGCUCCUCCAGGGAGUCUCUGGAGAACAUCCCCAACUCCGUGUCCCCCAUCACCAUGCGCCGGCGUCCCCCGGGGCUCCUGGAGCGCAGGGGCUCUGGGACUCUCUUGCUGGACCACAUCUCCCACACCAGGCCCGGCUUCCUGCCACCACUCAACAUCAACCCCCAGAGACCUAUCCCCGACAUCCGGGCUAAUGGCAAGGCCACCUCCCCGGUCCACUCCGGACCCAAGAUCUUGGUUCCAGUGGCCCCGGCCUCACCCAAACGGGGCCCGGACUUCAAGAUGAAGAAGAAGCUGAUGAGGAGACACUCGAUGCAGACAGAGCAGAUGAAGCAGCUCUCCACCUUCCAGGAGAUCUUGGCUGAGAAAGUCAUCGAAUCCAAUGGGGACUGAUGACAGGAAGCGUUUGAGCAAGGCAUGAUGGGUAGCUGCAGGAACCUGUUACUGUGAAGCUUCUGCAUCCUGUCAGCACCUCACUGACGAACUCUGACACGUUUAAAACCACAUCCUGGUGUUUAUGGAGGGCUGCACGUACAAGGAUUUAAUGAAAAUGAGAGAAUGGCUCAGUUGGAUUUUAGUAAAAUCAGAUUUAAAUGUGAUUUGAAUAUAAUUUCUGGUUCUGAGGUUCAGAUUCGUUUCUUUUCUAGAUCUAGAGGUUGCUAUGACAAAAGUAACUGGACAUCCUGAAGUUCCUGUAGGUGUUUGACUGUCGAAACUUAUUUAAUUAUUUAAUCAGAUCUAAGAUCUGGAGUCACGUUACCUGUUGUAGCCACUUUAGACUGGUUACCUGUUCGUGUAAGAACUGAGGAUUUUAGACUCCCUGACCCAUCGCUGACCCAGACUAACAAGCACCGAGCUGAGCUGGUUUUCCCACCUGCCUCUGACUCUGCACACCCAACAAAUCACAAAUUAGACAAACUGUGACCUGUCGUCACUGUCAAGUAAAAAACCAAAAAGCAAAAAUGUAAAACAAAUUUCACAGAGAGAAACGUUCCAGUCCUCAGUUCAUGUUUCUUCUUCCCGUGAAGCAGACGUCACCUGCACUGUUCAUUUAGUUAGAAGAAGGCUGAGAUGUGGACAGCUGGACAAAUUCAAAACAACACAGAAGAAAAUGUGAAUAAAUAAGUAAACAUACACGAGCAACAAGCAUGAAGAGGUAAAUAAACUUUACAGCUGACAGUUAAAUGUUUGACUCCUUGGUUUAGGGACUAAUCUCACAUUUAAAGAACAGGCACUAAACUGUAACACCUGUCCAGCCCAGGUGCUGCUCAGGUAGAACGAGCAACUACAGCUCAGACGUAGAAAAUGAAAAUCCACUGUUUUCAACAAACAUCUGUGGACUGAAGCGAAUCUGCACAUCAUUUAUUUCAUGAGCUGAAAAGAUUUUUCUGUCGCCGUCGCUCCUGAAGGUUAAAGUUGAACCGUUGUUGGUGCAGCUCUCAGGUUCCUCUGCUCAGCCACGGGAAGUUUUCUGGGUUAAAAUCACGUAAAGUUCCUGAUGCUUCCUCUGAACUCCUCCUCGUUCCUCCACUUCAGUCAAAAACUGAUGGAACUAUAAGAAUAACCAACUUGUUUGAUGUUUACAGAUGCGCUAUUUGCACCAAGGUCACGUCCACUUUGCUGCGGGUGACGGAUGAAAACAGGAACCUGAGAUUAUUUCCUGGUCUGAACAUCAGCUCUGAGACUUCAUUCUUCUCAUUAAUGAAGCUAUUUAUUUUCAUUCAUUUACAAACUGAAGUGUGAAACUACCUAGAGCGCUGUAUGUGCUGUAAUUACCUGCUCCUGUAUAACAGUUGGUAUUUCUGUGUAAACGAAUCGUCUUUAUUUUCCAGUUCAGAGGGACGUUUGGACGUCUCUACGCUCUGCAGUGCGAGGACACUGAGAACACAGUUCUGAGGUGAAAUGAAGUCGACUCCACUGCUGAAGAAAUUCCAAAUACGCUGUGUGGACGAGCUGCCACAAAACCUGAGACUGUAAAUACUGUAAAGAUCCGUCUGUGCUGUAAUGUCAGUCCUCAAGCAUUUCAUCUGGUUUCAAUGGGAGGACGCGCUGGAGGACGAUUAAAGAAAGAGUCCCACAGUCUGAGGAGAAGCUGGAUAUCAGCUUCAAGUCCUGGUCCGGGACAGAAACAGUUCACAUCCGUCCUCCGGUUCUAAUUCAGAAUCUGAAAACGUGCGAUUACGUCCCAAAACUGAUGGUGGAGAAUCAGAGACACUACAGCAGCAGCAGCGCAGCAUCGACGGCCUUUCAAACGAGCUGGAAUCAGAUGUGUCUCACACAGACGUGAACGAUUCGUGUGACAUGAACACGUCCUGGACGCAUCUGAACUAUGCUCUGACAGGAGACUGAUCUCCAUCUGACUGAGGACGGGACAGAGAUCAACUCAUGUUAAAAUGUUCCUUUGAAUUUUCUGUGAGGUUUAAUGGAAAGAACAGAGGCUCCUGAACGCCUCCCUGAGGGACUCCACACUGAAGACAGAGAUAAAGUGGAUGAUUAGUGAAGUUCUCGGAGCUGUGGAUAAAGUUUGACUGUUUCCAGCGAAGCGUCCUGGCGAUGCGCUGAGUAAACGUUUCCUUGUCCGAAUGUAAAGCUGAGUAAUGUAAAGGUUUCACCGUCUCUGAUGAACUGAACGUUCAUCAGUCAGUUCUUCAUAUUGGCUCAGUCCAGCAUGUUCUCCAGGCUGAUCUGGAUCAGAGACUAAACUGGAUCACAUUCUGAAUCACAGUGGUACUGGUUUAAAACUGGUUCAGACUGGUUUAAGCUGAAUUAAACUGGUCAGACUUGGACUCAGUUUUUCAGACCAGUUGAUCCUGGACCUUGUUGUUGUGGGUAGAUACUUGAAGUUUAAACUAAAGCAAAGUAUUUUUGUAAACUGUCAGCUGAUAUAAACAUCUCUGAUGAAUCUGUGAUCUAUUUUUCUUCUUUCACUUUGAUUGUAACUUAAACUGUGGAAUAAAAACACGU